UGUAGUCUCCGACGCUUCGCGAUGUGGACGGUCGCGGCGAUCCUUUGGCUGGUGACAUGCGCGGGCGCUAUCACGCGCGACCAGUUCUACCCCUACGGGCCCGAGCUCGACGAGACCCUGCCCCGGGGCGCGGAUGUUGCAUCCACUGAGGUGCCCCUGAAUGUGCCCAUCGUGUUCUUCGGGGAGACUUAUGAAAGCGUCUUUGUCAACAACUAUGGGCUAAUUUCAUUUAGAGCAGACUUCCCAAGCUUCUUGAACGCCGAGUUUCCUCUGCCCUAUGCGUCUAUCGCUGCCUUCUAUUCCAAUGUCGAUACAUCAGUAUCAGGAGCAGUUUACUUCAAGGAAUCAAAUGAUACACACAUCAUACGAAAAGCUGCUGACAGUGUUCAAAACUCCUUUAACGAAUAUUACGAUUUCGAACCUAAAAGCGUGUUCAUCGCAACAUGGAUUGAUGUGACAUACGCGGGAGGUGAUGAUCGAAAGAACAGUUACCAAAUCGCUGUAAUAAGUAAUGGAACAGAGAGCUUUGUAGAACUGUUGUACCCUGAACGAGAAAUACAAUGGAUUCAGAAGGAAACCGCUCCGGGCAGUUUGCCUGAUGCUAAGGCGCAGGCUGGGUUCAUCGCUGAGGAUGGCCGCGUGUUCACAUUGCGAGGCUCCGGCAGCCAUCAGAUCAGAAAUGUUGUAUCAUGGUCUAAUGUCCGAGAGCCUGGUAAGUAUGUUUAUCGCGUCGGCGACAUCCUGCCCAAUGAAACAAUCGCAGUUCCCGAUCAAUACAAUGAAAAUGAAAUAGAAAUUUUAGAAGAAUCCGACACGUGUGCACAAAGUGGACCCAGCGUUUGUCACCUUCAAGCGCGCUGCAUAGAUUAUCCUGCUGGAAUCUGUUGUCAGUGUAACGAUGGGUUUUAUGGCAACGGGAAAUCAUGCAUCAAGAAUGAUGUACCUCUUAGAGUCCAUGGUAAACUCAAGGGUGUUUUAAAUAAUGUCAAUUUGAACGAUGUAGAUGUACAAGCCUACGUGGUUGUAGCCGACGGACGUUCAUACACUGCUUUAUCUCAAGCUCCCUCUUCACUCGGCAGCAGCCUACAGCUUUUGAGUGUAUUCGGUGGAGUCGUAGGAUGGUUAUUCGCUAGGCCAUCGGGUACAGCUAAAAACGGAUACCAACUUACCGGCGCUCAAUUCAACCAUACCGCAGAUAUUUAUUUCCCCGAAACAAAUGACAGAGUUAUCAUUGAGCAAGAAUACAUGGGACAUGAUGUGUUUGACCAGAUCACUCUUGAAGCGGAUAUACGAGGAACUGUGCCAACUAUUGCAAAAGGAAGUAGACUAGAAGUGACAGAAUUUGAAGAGCAGUACACUACUGUAGAGGCUGGUUUAGUUCACAGUGUAUCAACACGUACAUAUAUAAACAAACUCACAGGACAACAGUAUUUACAAAGGGUUUCGCAGACAUUUUCCUUUAAUACGUGCAAAUUUGCACCAUUUUCAGAAGAGGACAAAAUUCCAUUAACUCUUAAAGCAACGAAAAACUAUUUAGGUUAUGAAGUAAGAGAAAAUAUCGUCAGAUAUGGAACAAGUAAUAAAAUAGCGUUAAUGGGCCAGGAAGAUCCAUGCAUUAAGGGUCGUAGCACUUGUGGUCCCCAUAGUACGUGUAUUCCUCAAGAUGACAAAUUUUCAUGUGUUUGUCAAUCAGGAUAUACCAGUGUGUAUACAUAUGAUGAUACUACUGCAUGUGUUGACAUUGACGAGUGCACCGCUGGUACCCACAACUGUGACAUUAAUGCCGAUUGUUUUAAUCUAGACGGUGGCUUCCAAUGCAGAUGCCGUGAACGCUUCGAAGGUAAUGGUGUUCAAUGUAGCUUGAAGUUACGUUGCAGUGCAAGGGUAUGUGAUCCAAACGCUCAGUGUAUUGAGAAUCCCGCGGAAGAACCAUUUUGUUUAUGUAAUGCUGGUUAUACUGGUGACGGAGAAAGAUGUUGGAAGGCAUAUUGUACAAACUGCUCACCAUAUGCGCAUUGCAUCUUCUCUGAAGAUACUUUCAGCUAUAAUUGUCAAUGUAAUCCAGGUUACAUCGGCAACGGGGAACAAUGUACAGGGGAUGUAUUGAUUGUGGCUACAGUUAGUGAAACUACAGAGCCCAAUGUACCUAUCGAAACAACAACACCCAUGCCUUCAGAAGCUGAUUACAACGAAACAUACGUAUUACCGGAUUGCAAUGCUUUUGGCUGCAGUUGUCCUCCUGGAUAUUCAAGCUACAAGGACGAUAGAGAUAACGAUUUGUGUCGAAUCGACUCAUUUAGGGACCCUAUUACGACUCCAGAUAAUGACACAUCAAUUAGAUGCCGGUCAGAUUCUGACUGCCCACCAAAUGCAGUGUGUUUGUAUUUGAAUGAAAUGUACAUGGUAAACGAUCAAGAGGAAGGACAGUGUCAAUGUCAAGAAGGCUAUGUAGGAGAUGCCUAUGAAUGCAUAGAAAGAACAGGAGCAAGCUGUUCGUGCGGUCUUGGAGCUCAUUGUAUUGAGACCGCAGCGGGCGAUCUCUUGUGUGUCUGUGAUUCUGGAUAUCACGGUGACGGUUAUAUAUGCCGACCUAACUUCAGCUGUAACAAUAAUUCUGACUGCGAGCGCAACGCAGAAUGUCGACCAGAUCCCAACACCAAUGAAUAUGUGUGCCAAUGUAUCGAAGGCUUCAUUAAAGAUCAGAGUGACGCCUGCAUUCCCGAUAAACAAUUGUGUAACGGAGCUGUGUGCGCUGAACAUGCGUCUUGUCUUUUCGAUGAUGCAAUCGGGGUCAGUUACUGUCACUGCGACGAAGGGUAUGAAGGUGAAGGAAUCUCCCAGUGUGUUCCUCAAGGAAGAACUUGCGACAUUGUCGACGACUGUAGUCUGGAUGCUAUGUGUACACCAGUUGAAGAUUCAUAUCAAUGCAUAUGUAGAGAAGGAUUCAUUGGAGACGGAUAUACUUGCACUCCCGAAAUGAAUUGCCGCAGCAAUCCUCAGUUAUGCGAUAUUCACGCAUCAUGUUUGAAAACUAGUGAUGGAUAUGAGUGUGAAUGUAAUACUGGCUACAACGGCAAUGGCAGUAUUUGCGAGCUUAAUCCUAGACAAACUGGUAAUUUCUUAGUUGCAAGUGACGGAGCUUCAGUUUAUCGGGUACCAUUCAAGGUUACACAGAGAGAUUUCGCCACACCGUUCAACAGCGCUAUUUAUCAGAUCGCUGUGGGAAUAGACGUAGACUGCUUGACGGGCCACAUAUAUUGGGGUGAUGUCGUCGGUAACACAAUCAAGAGAGCAUUGUAUGAUGGAUCAGGAUUUGAACCAUUCUUGUCUAAUGAUGUCCAAUCGCCAGAAGGCAUUGCUGUUGACUGGUCCGCUAGGAAUAUAUUUUGGACAGACUCGAAGAAACUCACUAUUGAAGUUGCCAAUUUAGAUACCAAAGUCCGUAAGGUAUUAUUCUCUAAGGAAGGCAUUUUCAAUCCUCGAGGCAUAGCUGUACAUCCUGGUAGAGGCAAAAUCUUCUGGUCCGACUGGAAACGCUCGGGUCCCAAAAUUGAAUGGGCUAACAUGGAUGGAACACAACGAGGUGUUUUCCUCGACCAGUCAGAUGUGAAGCUUCCUAAUUCUUUAGCGAUUGACUGGGUCAGAGAUCGUCUUUGUUAUGCAGACGCUGGUCUUUUCACAAUUAGAUGUGUGGGCAUAGAUAACUUAGAAAGAGAUACUAUAGCCGCAAAUUGCUCAUAUCCAUUUGGUCUAGCUAUCAAUGGUGACAAGUUUUAUUGGACUGACUGGAAAACACUGAAAAUCGAAUCCAUAGACACAUUAACAGAAAUAAAAGAUCAGGUGCCAAUAGCCACAGCGUCUAGAAGAUUAUACGGCGUGUCUGUGGCACCAGAGGAGUGUCCUGCAUUGAGCAACGUGUGCCAAUACAGGAACGGCAACUGUUUAGCCAACCAGAUCUGCUUGCCGAAUGGUCAAGGCGGUAGGUCUUGCGUGGAGGGAAUCAGCAGUGGUCAAAACUAUUAGAAUACUGGUUAUUUUACUAACGAUAGUCUAUGGUUUAAAUCAAUAGAGUACAAUGUUGCUAGAAAACAAGUUUAUGACAUUUUUUUUAACUCGUUAUGUUGAUAAUGUGUUCAGAAAAUUUUAUAGAAACACGCUCAAUCCUAGUUUAUCAAUAAUAUUAUUUGUAUGUGCUGGUAUUGCCAAAGUUAUGCAAUUUAUUAAUAAAUAUUUUUAGAAGGGUAAUGUUUACAUUAACUUCCUAGGGUGUAAAGUAAAUUAAUAACUUGAGUGUUAUAGAAGUUUAAGUAAGUUAUGGCGCUGUAUUUAAUAUAUAUUUAUCUAUAAACAUAUACAUAAUACUAACCUAGUAAAUAUGCCUUAAUUUAUUUAAUAGAUGUACUUAAGAUAUAUAUUCUAGGGAAAAACAAUUAUUAAGAAACAUCACAAGAUAUAAAAAUGGCCUUAAAUAGCUAGAUUUGCCAUUGUCAAAUACCAAAGUGAUUGUAAUAUUUAUAAUAUGCAUAUUUUUCAUAAUUAGAAAAACUUUCAAUGUAUGGUGUAAAUAUAUUAUUACAUAAAAAUAUG